GGAGGAAGGGAUUUCCAGGUGAUUGGAGGUUUAUGGUUAGUUUAUGGUUUUAAUUUAUCAUCUCUCUCCAUGAAUUGAGUUCUUCUGCUGAUUGCUCUUCCGUUUUCACUAUUAUCCAACUGAGUGACAUUCUCUAUUGCUGAAUGCAUUUGUUCCGUGCAAUUUCACCAUUUCCUCUAGCAUUUUAUUUGUGAUGGAGCUAAUGUUGGUGGAUGUGAUCAUCGAUUAUGUUUGAGGAGAUGUGCAUUUUUUAGGUGCAGUGCGUUUUUUCACGAAUGCCUCAGUUUUAUGCUUUAUUUGCCUGAAAAUAGGGAGGAUAUUUACUCGGUAAUGAUCAGUUUGUUUCAUGCACGUUGCUCAACACUCCUAUCAAGGGCUGGCAAUCUUGUUUCGCAUAGCCAUUCUUGCGGAUAUCUUGAUCCUUCACGGAUAGCAACCUUCCAUUUUUCGGGUGUUAGAACAGUAAACUUCGUAUAUUUGGCGACGGGAAGUCAAGUUCAGUGCUACUCUUCGAAAAAGUCUGGGGGAACUAGCUCUCGUCGAAAAAGUAAUCCUAAACUAGUGAUGGACAAGGAUGAGUUUUUUGUUGUCCGUAAAGGCGACCUUGUUGGUGUUUACAGAAGCUUAAGCGAUUGCCAGGCUCAAGUUGGAACCUCGAUACGUGAUCCUCCAGUCAGUGUGUAUAAAGGCUGCUCCAUGCCUAAGGAUGCAGAGAAUUAUCUCCAAGCACACGGCCUAAAAAAUGCCAUGUACACUAUCAGAGCUUCGGAUCUCACUGAUGAUCUGUUUGGAACUCUUAUGGCAUGGCCUUUUCAGCCUUCUUCUAGAGGAGAUGAUGCACCUUGCCAGCCAGCAAAAACUAAAUUAGACAAAGAUUCACUAAUACCAUCAAAUUAUGGGGAGAAUAUUUCUUCUGGAACUGUUAAUUAUCCAAAAUCUAAGGAGCGGACCUGUACUCUUGAGUUUGAUGGUGCUUCAAAAGGAAAUCCUGGACAAGCUGGUGCUGGAGCUAUACUCCGAUAUGAUGAUGGAAGUGUGAUUUGUAGAUUGUCUGAAGGUAUUGGGAUAGCCACCUGUAACUUUGCCGAAUACCGUGGUGUUAUAUUAGGAUUGAGAUACGCAGCUGAAAAAGGUUUUACAAGUAUUCGAGUUCAAGGUGACUCCAAGCUCGUGUGCAUGCAGGGUCUAUGGAAGGUUAAGAGCGAGAACCUCAUGAAUUUGUACAAGGAGGCAAAGGAAUUGGUGGGAAGAUUUGAUUCAUUCCAAAUUGCGCACGUCCUCAGGCACUUGAAUUCCGAGGCUGAUGCUCAGGCUAACCUAGGCGCCCAACUUGCUGAAGGAGAAGUUCAGGAGGAUUUCGACUCAUAGUUGGACGUGGUAGAUUCUGAGGCUGAUGAAGUUUUUGUUGUGAACCAGUUUGAUUCUGGGAUUCUCUAAGUUAAGUAUAUUACUAUACAUUAAGACGCAUCUGUUAGUUCCAGCACGCGUUAUAUUUUGCGUUACACAAUUCUUUUUAGCUGCGGAAUUGGCAGGUUAUAUUUAUACCUACUGAAAUUAAAACUUGGGGAUUUUUGUUACUGAAUCUGGCUGUAAAUUUGUAAUUUUUUUUUAUUCUCGUGCUGGAAAUAGUGAAUUCGAAUUGAGUUUUGAAUGAUGUA